AUGUGUGGAGAGGAUUAGAUUGGGGUAGGAAAUGAUGAUGAUGAGUAAUAUUUUGUUCAUGAAAUUAUAAGCAAAAACUAUCAAUAUAUUAGUGAAAGAAACAUUUAUGUAUUCUAAGAGGAACCCAAUGAUGAAAGUGAUGUAUUCCUUGACUGCUUUUCAUGA